AUGAUUCUCAACCUCCUCACGCUGUUAGUCGGCCUGGCAUUGGUCUACCUGGGGCUGACCUCACGAUGGCAUCACAGCGCCAUUCCCACCGUACCUUUCUGGAUUACUCUCUACGACAUGUGCCGUGGUGUGGGCCGCACCGAGUUCUACGAGACCCGAUUGCGGCCGCGACUGGAUGAACAUGGCGCCGUGUGGAUGUGGAACGCUGGCCGUUGGGUGGUGCUCGUCACCAAGCCCGAGUACCUGGCGCACGUCUUCCGCCAUGAGAAGACAGUGUCCAAGGCGGGUUUCGUGCGUAAGGUCCCCUGGGGAGUGCUGGCCCGGCUGUUUGGCGAGAAUAUCAUCGAUUCGCACGGAGCCACCUGGCAUCGUUUCGCCGCCAUCAUGCGUCCGGGCAUCCAGAAACCACGCGAUAUUCGCUCCCUGUGCGACCGGUCCGCCCGUCUAGCAUCCCUGUUGCUACAGACGCAGCAGUCCGUCACUCUCUCCUCCUUCUCCUCGGCAUCCACGGCGUCCGAUGAGCCCAGCGGCGUCGUCAUCGAACCGCUGCUGCAACGAUGGGCACUGUCUGUCUAUGGCGACUACUUCCUCCAUACGGAGCUGGGCUGUCUAGAGACGCCGGGUACUACUAUCGACCGACUCGUCACGGCCGUCAAGCGGUCCAUUCCGCUACCGCUGGUAGGCGAGUUCCCCGUGUUGGAGCGUUUCCGGUGGCUGCUCCCGCAUACGCGGCGCGGGUUUGCAGCCGUGCAGCAGUUCGAGGAGCAUCUGAUCGAGCAGGUCGACCAGGUGUCACCCAGUCCUGCUUACACGUCGCUGUCCCCGGGAAACAACAAGCUCAUCCACCGACUGAAACGUGCGCGUGAGCAGGGCCUACUGUGCGAGUACCACUACCGGUCGAACCUGAAGAUGAUGACGGUGGCAGGGCACGAGAACGUCAAUCUGGCACUGACAUCUGCCCUCUGGGAGCUGGGCCGUCACCCCCACGUCCAGGAGGAGCUGCGUCAGGAGAUGGCGACUCUACCGGCCGUGUACACCGUCGAGGAGAUCGAGCGUCUACCUCUCCUAACCGCUGUGAUCUACGAGACGCUCCGUCUCUACCCCCCGCUGAGCCAGCUAGUCAACCGCGUAGCUCGGGAGCCUUUCCCUCUGACUAAGGACGUGUGGAUUCCUGAAGGCACCUGGGUGGGUUGGAACUCGUACGGGGUGCACACUAACCCGGCGAUUUGGGGGCCCACAGCGCGUAGUUUCCAACCGGCACGCUGGGGGAUUAGUCUCGCUAGCAUCAAUGAUCAUUUCCGGUUGUAUCAGGCCCGUGGGUACUUUAUCCCGUUCAGUGCCUACUCGCGUCGGUGUCUGGGGAUUGGGUUCGCCAUCUUGCAGAUGCGUAUUGCAUUGGUGGAGAUCCUGCGACGGGUGUCGUGUCGACAGGAUCCGACUUAUAAUUUUUCUCCUACGUUGAGGGUGUCGACUAAUUUUCUCACCUUGCAAUGA